AUGGGAAAGUCUAGGCGCAACAGAGGCGCGCACCGCCGCGACCCCAUCGCCAAGAAAGCCGUCAAACCGCCCACAGACCCCGAGCUCGCUGCUCUGCGCGAGUCCAAGAUCUUGCCCAUUGUCAAGGACCUUCAGAAUGCGGAUCCCAAGCAGCGAAGCACGGCCGCCUCGGCCAUCUCCAGCAUCAUCCAAGACAGCAGGUGUCGCAAGCUCCUACUGCGGGAGCAGAUUGUGCACAUCGUCCUCACGCAGACCCUCACCGAUGCGGCCCUAGAGAGCAGAGCAGCAGGCUGGGGCAUCCUCCAGGUCCUGGCGCUGGAGGAGGAGGCCGACUUCUGUCUCCAUCUGUAUCGCCAGGAUAUCCUGUCCGCCAUGGAGUUUGCCUCGAAAAUGGUCUCAGACAAGCUCUCAUCAAAGGACCCCGUGCCGGCUGCCGAGAAGUCACUACUCGUGAGCAUCACUAGCUCCAUCAUCUCUCUAUCUUCGGCGCUGGCUGAGGCGCGGGACGAGAUCCUCGAGGCUGUUGCCAACAACGCGGCCAUCACGAGCUUGCUCUUCAGCAUCGUCGUUCACGGCAACAGCGACGAGGGCCUCGCGGCGCUGCGCAUGGACGCCAUGGCGUGCGUGAUGGUCCUGUCCGAGGACAACGAGAAGCUUGCAGGGCACAUCGUCGCUCAGCAUCAGCCACUAUACGAGACGCUGCAGGUGGCUAGGAAAGAUCCCUCGGGCGAGGGUGUGCUAGCCUGCGGCAUCAUUCACAACAUCUUCGUCUCACUGCAGGGCCAGACGCUUGAUCACAAUAUCCUGGACGACGCCGAGAUCAUACCGACUCUAUCAAAGACCAUCUCCACCAUCACACCCGCCUCAUCAUCUACGACCAACGGCCACGGAGAGGGCUGGGCCAAACCCUUCGAGUAUCAAUCUCUCGCCCUGGAGAUCAUCGCCUCCAUCGGCACGAGUCUCAAUUCCGCUACCGACGAGCCAGCCCCAGACUCCAAGCGCUCUGGUCCGGCAGAUGACGAGGAGGGCGACGACGAGGACAUGGGCGACGUCGUCGACGAUGCCGACCCAGACGACAGCACCGCCGACCCCCCAGAGGUGUCAGAGGAGAUGGACGAUGACGAGAUGCACGCCGACAUGGACAUGGUCACGGGCGCCGACGACGACGACGCACAGGCCGGCUCCAUUGACGACGUGCCAGCACUCAAAGCCCUGCUCGCCCACGCCCUACCAGAGCUCGCCCGCGUGGCCUCCCUCCCGCCCAGCGACCAGGACACCCUCCGCCUGCAAGCCCUCGCCCUCGCCGCGCUCAACAACAUCGCCUGGUCCGUCUCCCUGAUCGACUUUGUCGACGAGCACAACGCCGGCAUUCAGUCCGCGUGGCGACCCGCUGGCCGCGCCAUCUGGCAAUCCGUCAUCAGCCCCAUCCUCGCCAGCGACACCGCCGACGUUGAGCUUGCCACGCAGGUCACGAGCCUCGCAUGGGCCGUCGUCCGCACCCUGGGUGCCGACACGCCCCUCCAGGCCGACGAGCACCGCAAGUUCAUCACCUUGUACCAGGCCACCCGCACCUCGCCCAACAUGGGCGCCGCACCAGAGGCGGAUCCCUUCCAGGCACUCGGUGUCAAGUGCGUCGGUGUCCUCGGCCAGCUCGCCAUGCAUCCCGCGCCCGUCGCCCUGAAUAGGGAGGUCGGCACGUUCCUGAUGACCAUCUUGUCCUCGCUGCCCGACGCCCCGGCGGCCGAUGCCGUCGAGGCGCUCAACCAGAUCUUUGACAUGUACGGCGACGAGAGCUACGAGUGCGACAGGGAGGUCUUCUGGAAAGACAACUACCUGAAGCACCUGGAGGAUAUCUUGCCCAAGGCCAAGGCCAUGGUGAAGGGGGUGGAUAAGAGGAGCCAGGGGGAGCUGAGGGCGAGGGCUGAUGAGGCUGUCACCAACUUGACCCGGUUCUUGGCCUAUAAACGCAAGCACAAGCCGCAAUAA